UUGUCUAAAUGUCCUGUUUGCAACAAGCUUUUCAACACAAGACCUGAUUUACGGGUCAAUACCCUCUUAUCAGAGAUGGUUGAUCGGUUUGGAACGUCCGUAUGACUAAAAGAGCAGCCUGGUGUUGAACCAGCAGAAGUUCCCUGUGACUUCUGUACUGGGACCCAGCUGAAGGCCGUAAAGUCCUGCCUAGUGUGUCUUAUCUCUUACUGCCAAACCCACCUGGAGCCACAUCAAAGAGUCGCAGGCCUGAAGAAACAUCGGCUGGUUGAUCCUAUGGACCGUCUGGAUGACAGGAUGUGUAAGAAACACGAACGACUUCUGGAGCUCUUCUGCCAGAAUGAACAGGUGUGUGUGUGUCAGUUGUGCAUAGAGACAGACCACAAGAACCAUCAUGUUGUACCUCUGAAGGAGGAAUAUGAAGUGAAGACGGCCCAGCUGGGGAAGAUAGGGGCUGAAGUUCAGCAGAUGAUCCAUGAGAGACAGAAUCAUAUUCUGGAGAUUAAAGACACAAUCAAACGCAGCAUAGCAGAUGCAGACAGAGAGAUGGCUGAUGGUUUGCAGGUCCUCAAUGCUCUGAUGCACUGCAUUGAAAAGUGUCAGGAAGAUCUCAACCAAAUGGUAAAAGAGAGACUGAAAUCCACGGAGAAACAAGCUGAAGGCCUCAUCAAAGAGAUCGAGCAGGAAAUAGAAGAUCUGACCAAUAAAAGCUUAGAGGUGAAGCAGCUCUCACACACUAAAGACCACCUCCACUUCCUCCAGGCCUUCAGAUCCCUCAAGGAUCCUCCACCCACCAGGGACUGGACGACGGUGGAGGUCCGUCCUCCGUCAUACGUAGGGACCUUGAGGAGAUCCCUGGAUCAGCUGGAGGAGACACUGAACAUGGAGAUGAAGAAGCUGCAUGGUGCUGCUGAACUGAAGAGGGUCCAACAGUAUGAAGUAGAUGUGACUCUGGAUCCUGAUACAGCUCAUCCCAAUCUCAUCCUGUCUGAGGAUGGGAAACAAGUACAUGAAGGAGAUGUAUGGAAGGAACUCCCGGACAACCCUAAGAGAUUUACACAGGGAGCAUGUGUUCUCACGAGGCAGAGCUUCUCAUGGAGAUUUUACUUUGAGGUCCAGGUUAAAGAUAAGACUGGAUGGUGUUUAGGAGUGGCCAGAGAGUCCAUCCACAGAAUAGGCAAAUCAUAGUGACCCCUGAGACGGGUCACUGGAUUAUUACUUUCAACAAGGAUGGGUUGGUAUUUAACGAUAACCCUUCUGUCCAUCUCCUUCUGAGAGCUGAGCUCCAGAAGGUGGGGGUGUUUGUUGAUUAUGAUGAGGGUCUGGUCUCCUUCUAUGAUGUGGACGCCAGGGUUCAUAUCUACUCUGCUACUGGCUGCACCUUUAGUGAGCCUCUCUAUCUAAUCCUCUUCCCAGGUCUCUGUGAUUAUGAAGGUAACAACUCUGCCCCCCUGAUCAUCUCACCUGUCAAUCAAACAGACUAGGACUUUUGUUUUAUAAUAAAAUAAUCAAGCAUCAAUGUCUGAUUGACAGAAUGUUUUAAUGCAGCAAUAUCAACAUUUUUUAAUGUUUGGGAAGUAACAUUAUGAAUGAUAUAACACAA